AGUCCCCCUCUCUCUCCCCCCACCCUGAUCUACCCCUUCUUUGUUCACUAAUCCAGGUUUUACAGACCCAAAACCCUAAAAUCUAAAACAUCAAUGGUUUUUUAGGAACUAAAAGAGAUUAAUUUGGAGAGAGAGAAGGUGGAGGCAGGAGGGGAAGGAGGCAAUAAUUGGGAGAUGGACCAUGGACGCAGGGGGAGCUAGGGGGGACUAGGGACUAACAUGAGCUUGUCGGUUGUUCUGUGAGAGACCCAUCACUGUUUCUUUUGGCAGUACAAACCAAACCCACCUGUGUUCCUUUGAUAGAUAGUCUUCAUUUGGUUAGAUUGGAUGUUGGGAAACACAGCCUUCUCGCACAUCUCUGUCCUCUCUUUUUCACCCCCCCCCUCUCUCUCUCUCGGUUCUGAUAAUUUAAGAUUCUACAUCUCUUCCUUAACUGAGAUUAGCCUUCUUAUAUCUCCACAUCAAACCUGGAUACAGUGCAAUUACAUCUCUCUCUCUCUGUUACUUCAACUAUACUGUUCAUACAUUACAAGGUAAGUUUUCUCACUUAGCUCUUGUUUCCAGGGACCCAGAUAACAAAUUUAUUCCCUAAUUAGGUUUAUAGAUCUUAGUGUUUUUUCUUUUUAACAUUUAUAAUUUUUUUCUUCCAUCGAUCGAUCACUUGCUCACGCUUGGGUUAGUGGGUUUUGUACUGGUAAACGUCAAACAUCAGAAUUAGGGCUAGGGGAGAAUAAUUAAUCAUUCUGACUUAGCUAGGGUUGAAAAGAUUACACUAAAGAGGAGGAUUUAAUCAUGGAGAUGAUUACAAUGAUGAGAUAGUGAAUCCCUCUUGACCGUAGAUGAAAUAAAAAAAGAAGAAACUUGGAUCAAGAUUCAGAUCGAGCUUUGUUUUAAUGGAGGUUGGAGGAGGCGAAGAUAAGGAAAUAGGGAGACCAAACUCUUUAGUUUAUAAUGGAGACUCUCCUCCUUCUAGAAGAUUCAAUCAACCCCAACAACCACAAGAUCUGAGCUCACCGCGAUUAAUCGUGGUUACGGCUGCAACAACCACACCAACAGCCACCGGAUCAAUAGUAAGAUCGCCGACUGCAUCAAGCUCAACCACAACCGUCCGAUAUCGAGAAUGUCUGAAGAAUCACGCGGCCAACAUGGGAGGACAUGUUGUGGAUGGAUGCGGAGAAUUCAUGCCCAGCGGCGAAGGCAGCUCGGCAGAAUCAUUAAAAUGCGCAGCGUGUGAAUGUCACAGGAAUUUUCACAGAAAAGAAGUUAAUGGAGAGCCCUCUUCAACACAAUAUGUAACCACCAUGGCAGCUCCUCCUUCCCAAUUACCUAAUUUUGCUCCGCAGCAAGUACCUCAUCAUCAAUUGCAUCAUCGUAGGCUGCCUACUGCGCCGGUGAUGAUGGCGUUUGGGGGCGGUGGAGUUGCGGAGUCUUCUAGUGAAGAUCUGAAUAUGUUUCAGUCGGGAGGGCAGACGUCUGUGCGGCAGGCGAAAAAGAGAUUCAGGACCAAGUUUAGUCAAGAACAGAAGGACAAGAUGACUGAAUUUGCUGAUAAAUUGGGGUGGAAGAUUCAGAGACAAGAUGAACAAGAAGUGCAAGAAUUUUGUUCGCAAGUUGGUGUUAAAAGGCAGGUUUUCAAAGUGUGGAUGCACAACAACAAACAAGCCAUGAAGAAGAAAACAAGUGUAAGAGACUAAUGUUUCUAUAUCCCCAAUUGUUGCUCACAAAUAUAUAUAUUUGAUUAGUUGAUGAUAA